AUGGAUGAUGUCUUUGAGAAAACAACUAAACAGGAACAGAAGUUGCAGCAGCUGGAAAUUUUCCAUAAGAAUGAUAAAGGAGAAGUGAACAAGGUUGGAAACAAGAAAGUGAACAAUAAUACCAACUUCACUAAUUCCAAUACCAGGCAGAACUUUGACAGGAAUAGAUCAGAUGGGCAUCCAGGACCUAGAGAUGGAUGUUACAAUUGUGGGGGAAAUCAUUAUGCUUCAAACUAUCUACAACGUUCCACAACUCAAAGAGGAAGAAAUCAGCAAGGAGCAUCACUACAUUUGAUUCAUACAACAGUAGAUAACUGUCAGGCUGACUUUCAGGCUUCACCUAUCCAGGUAACGAGUAAGCUUUUUGGUCACUCAGUUUCUAUUUUAAUCGAUACAGGGGCUAAUGAAUGCUUUAUUGAUCCUAAAAUAGUUUCUAGAUUAUCUAUUAGACCUGGUUAUAUGUCACAUGCAUGGAUGGUUCAAUAUGGAAAUCAAGCAAAGAAGAGGGUAGAUUCAUGUCUAUUUUGCAGUGAUUUAGAACUUCCAAAUUUCCAAACUUGGGUUAACCUUUAUGUAGCGCCAUUGGGAUCAUAUGAUGUGAUAUUAGGUAUCAGUUGGCUAAUUGAACAUAAAGCUUUAGUAAACUAUGCUGAUAAAGUUGUUAGCUGCUUAGAUUAUACUGGAAAUUCGGUUGAAAUUCAUGGGUCUAAAAGGCCUCUUGAAUUGAAACACAUCUCAGCUAUGCAACUCAAGAAAUCUCAGAGGAAGGGAUGUACCAUUGUUGUUGUCAUGGUAAGUGACUUGGAUAAUGCCAAGAAGAUCCCUAAGGAUUAUUUGGUUCUCAAAGAGUUCUUGGAUUUUUUUCCAAAAGAUCUUAUUGAGUUACCACCAAAAAGGGAAUUUGACUUCUCUAUAGAACUCUUACCUGGAAUCGAGCCACAAUCAAGGCUCCAUACAUAA